UUGUUACGCUGUUUUCUUUUCUUUUUUUUUUUUUGCCAUGGACAAGGCAGCUUUCUCCAUUCACAGCGUCAACAUAUACAACACCAUGUCGUCAAAACUAUCAGCGAAGGCUAGCGCCAAAGUUAAGAAGGCUGCCGGGCAGGAUAAAGGAAAGAAGGGCUUGGGCCAUGAUGAUCUACUUAUGCAAGAAAUUAUUGCUAUGGGAGGCUCAAAGCAGGACCUGGAGCUCUUGCAGGGCAUCGACUCGGAUUCAGAGAUCGAAGAAGUCGACGAUAACCAGAAACAAAUCAAGCAGAAGUCGAAAAAGUCGUCAAAGCUGGAAACGGAUGUGGAGCCCGAACUCAAGAACGAGCUGACCAGUUUCAUGAAGUCACUUUUCGGAUCUGCCAAGAUGAAUCACGGAAAGAUAGAUCUUGCUGUAGAGGAAGAGGAGGAUGAGGAAGAGCUGGAGGAAGAACCGGAGGGUGAAUCGGAGGGUGAUCACGAUAGUUCAGAAGGCGAAUGGGAGACAGAAGAAGAGGAAGAAGAAGAGGACGCACAGAGAGAUGGAGCCGCGGACGACUCUGGAGAUGACAGCAUGGAUGACUUACCUCAGGAACUGAAGGAUAUUCAUGCCCAAUUGGGAAGCCGGAAACGGAAAUCUGAAUCAGCUACCGCCUCAACAUCGUCCACGACCACGAAACCAGCCAAAAAGAUCAAAACUGGAGUGGUACCAGCACACACGCCAGCAAAGAAGACAGAGGCACCAAAGCAUUCAGCUGGCCCGGAUAAGGCAACGAAGGGAGCUCCCAAGGACGUCCAGAAACAGAUCUCGGCGACCCUUGGCAAACCAGCACAAAAACCAGUGGCCAAAAAGACUGGCGCCGUGAAAGCAGCACCAGCAUCUACAAAGCCCAAGAGCAAAAACGAAUCUGCAAAGGCAACGCCCGGAUCUUUAAAGAAACCUGCCGUGACAUGGAAGCUAGGAGACGGCUGGAGUAAAGGAUUCGAGGACAUGCUGGAUGAUGGCGAUACUGGCAAGGGCACCAAAAAUACCCAGAAGAAUAAGAAGCAUGCACUCAGCAAAGCACGGAAAGGUGCCAGAAAGUAACAACUACAUCGC